UUUUUGUUAUGAAUGGCAAAUUUUGAUUAUAUAAAAGUAUAAAAGACAUUAAAAAUUAAACUUUUCCUUAUUUAAUCCUCUUUUCUUUUUCUCCCCCAAGAUUAGAAAAUUUUUUUUUUUUCCUGACAAAUUUUCUUUUUUUCCUUAUGAUAAAAAAUGUCAGAAACAUCUCAACCUUCUCAAUUUAAAGAGGGUGAUAUAGCAUGGAUGCUAACCUCAACGGCAUUCGUAUGGCUCAUGAUACCUGGUGUAGGAUAUUUCUAUAGCGGAAUGGCAAGGAGCAAAAAUGCACUAUCUUUAAUAUUGUUCUGCUUCUUGUGCGUGCCAGUAGUUGCAAUGCAGUGGUUUAUAUGGGGAUACAGUCUUUCAUUUAGUAGGACAGGUGGUUUAUUUAUAGGGAAUUUACGGAAUGCAUUCUUCAUGAAUGUUAGAGGCGAACCAACUUUAAAGGCUGAAUCACUUCCUGAAAUUGUACAUGCUAUUUAUCAAGGAAUGUUCGCAGCAAUUACACCAUCAUUAGCAAUUGGCGCAGCUGCUGAACGUGCUCGCAUGCUUCCCUUGCUUGUAUUUAUUUUCGUUUGGUCAACAUUGGUUUAUGACGUAAUCGCUUGCUGGAUUUGGUCGGCGAAUGGCUGGUUUAAGACUAUUGAAGGGCUUGACUUUGCUGGUGGUACUCCGGUACAUAUUGCAUCUGGGGCUGCCGCGCUUGCAUAUUGUGUGGUUCUCGGAAAACGUCAUGGUCAUGGAAGGGACGAAUUUAAACCUCAUAAUAAUGUGAAUGUUAUUCUUGGUACCGUAUUUUUAUGGUUUGGAUGGUUUGGAUUUAAUGGUGGUUCCGCUUUUGGAGCGAAUACUAGAGCAGCAAUGGCUAUUAUGGUUACAAAUACGGCCGCUUCUUUUGGAGGUCUUGCAUGGAUGUUAAUGGAUUAUCGAUUAGAAAGAAAAUUUUCUGCUUUAGGGUUCUGUUCAGGUGCAGUCGCUGGCCUUGUUUGUAUAACACCAGCGAGUGGAUAUGUCUCACCUCCCGUCUCUGUAUUAUUUGGAAUUACUGGUGGUAUAGCAUGUAAUUUGGCCGUUAAAUUAAAACAUAUUUUAGAUUUUGAUGAUGCUCUAGAUGUUUUUGCUGUUCAUGCAGUAGGAGGUGUAGCCGGAAACACGCUUUUAGGUAUUUUCGCUGAUAAAGAAAUGGCGGCUUUAAAUGGAGAAAUUAUUCAUGGAGGUGCAAUAGAUGGUCAUAGUGUUCAAUUAGGAUAUCAGAUAGCUUCUUCAAUUGCUGGUCUUACAUAUUCCUUUUGUAUUUCUGCAUUAAUUUUAUAUGUUAUGGAUAGAAUUCCUUGUUUAAAAUUAAGAAUGGAACCUGAUGAAGAAGAAAUUGGUACCGAUGAAACUGAAUUGGGUGAACCUGCCUAUUAUUUCCUUGAUAGGGUGGUGGCUUCAAUUCAAGUACAAAUUGCAUCUAAAACAAUGAGUUCUCCCCAACAAACACAAUUACAAUCAAUUGAUCAUAUACAUUAUUCUUAAAAAAGUGUUAAUAAAAAAAAAAAACUCACAUUCAUUUAGAAUAUUAUAAUAAUUAUUAUUUCUAUCACUCGCAUUUAUUUAAUUUAUUUAAUUUAGAAUCUAAUUUAUGUAUUUAUUAAGUACUCACAUAAUGUUUUAUGAUGAGACGAUCCUUGGGUAGGUAUAGGUAAAAUUUAUAAGGUAUAUAAGAUUUUUUUUAAAAAUAAAUAAAAGGU